AUGGCAUUCAAAUAACAGCACAGUGUUUUAUAUGAGCACCGUUCCAUCCGCCUCACCUCAAGACCCUCUCGGACAGGCGUUGAAUGGAUUCAUGACGGCAUUUAGUCCUGUCGGGAGUUUUGCUAGACAGUUUGUGUCCUUGACGCAGCAGCAAAACUUGAACAGCAUGCGGAGCACCACACUGGUGCAGGUCAUGAUAAACCUGACGCUCGCCGAGCUCGCUGCGCCGUUCAAGCAGAAUUCCAGCCAACAGCUGGUCCCUUUUGACCCCAUGAACGUUAACGACUGGUUCACACAUGUGGUUUCUCCCGUACUCCGGCGAUUCCUUCCUCCCGGCCAGAUAGAAAUCCACCCCAACCUCACGGCUGUCUUCCAUAACCAGUUCUACAUUGAGACGGGGAUGGGAGCUGGAGCCCAGAAUGAAAGUCAGGACAUCUGCAGUGUCUUUAUUGAUAAUAGAACGUGUGGGCUGACGGACCUGGUAGAACAUGUGGCCACUGUCCUGCACUGUGCAGCACGCUCAAACCUCACGCUCAAUGAGGAGACGCUCCUGAAUGUCCUCCUGCAUCUCUCCCAGAACCUCAACGCUCUGCUGCAGCAGCUCUCCAUGACUAACUUCAGUUCCCAGAGUUCCCCCUUCAGUGACCUCCUGGACCAAAUGGUUCAUGACACCUUCACGAUGAGCAACUUGCAGGAUGAGUCGUUUGUGAGAUUAUGGUUCCAGAUCAAGUUAAAGCCUCUUCUCUCCACACUGACUCCAGAAUAUCUCACAUGCCUCAGUCACAAAGAGUUCAGCUGCCAAACCUUCCAGAUACUUGUUUCAGAACUCAGUGACAACAUGCACCUGAUGUCAGAAAAAGGUGCGCAGGAUGUUUAUCAGUAUUUCAUCUCAUCUUUCCUGAGCCGACAAAAUGUUUCAGGUGGCUGCCCCGCGGAGAACAGCAGCCUCUGGGUUACUCUGAAUCUUGGUGAAUUUUCAGAGUUUGCAACGUUGAGUGAAAUGUACCAGCUGAACCAAGACUUCAAUGCUAUAGAUGCCCUGGUGGUUCUCACUCCCAGACAGACAGCUGAACUCAUAGUUGAGAAUUUUGCAGGUCUCCCAGAGAAAAACAUCAUCAUAAACAUGGUUUUUGAUCACAUCCUGGUUUCUCCUGAAGACCGUGGUCUAGUUGAGAUGCUUGGAUAUCUCAUCAUGCUCGCUGGCCAGAUGGGUUUGGAGUGCUCGUCAUACCAGCAGAUGGUUCAGAGGCUGCAGGGAUCUGUGAAAUCUCAAUUUGUGAUGGAAUCAGCAGAGCAGAUGGUUGAACUGAUGGUUGUGGAUCUCCCUGGGCUUCCACCAAAGAUUGUCGUCAUCAAUCGAGUGUUUGAUCAUCUGCUCGUGUCUCCUGUGAAACAGAGAUUUCCUGAUGCUCUCUUAACCCUGCUCUUAAUCUCACGGACGAACUUUAUCCCGUGCAGCUCCUACAUACUGAUAUUUCAGAGGCUGAUUCAGGCUCUUCCUUCCCUGUCGUCAGAGAUGGAGACUCUGGUCUUCCGUGUAACUGGAGAACUCAAGCAGAACGGAGCAAGAGGCUGCUCACUUCCGGAACCUUCAACAUGUCUGAUCACACCUGUGAAUGCUAGCGGAGUUUGUUCAGGAGUCAACAGUAACGAGACUCUCCUGUCCGCGGGACUCGUGAGCGCCCCCUGUAGUGUGGACCUGCAGCAGUACGCUUGCUCUUCGCUCACAGGCUUCACUGCUGCAAACCUGGCUGAACUCCUGAAGUGUCAACUAUCCAGCAGCAGCAGUUACUCCAAGGAGAUCUGGAAACUGCUUCUCAAUAAAGCAAAUGAUGUUCUGGAUCAAGCCCUCAUCAUCUUUUCCAGCGAAGCAGCAAAUAUGUCUCAGCCAAUCAGAGGUGAUGUUGUGUCCCAAGUGCUGGAUGUGAUUGGAGAGCUGAGACUGGAGACCAUCAGUUCUGACCAAUGGAGUGACAUCGAUUUCAUCAGCAUGUUGUUUGAUCAAAAUCUGAAGCCGUUUUUACCGUUUGCGUCAUCAUCCCUACUGCGGUGCACCAGCAGCAAAAACCUCAGCUGCCAAACCUACCAGCACAUUCUGUCGAAGGUCAAACUUGUCAAUGAGACUCAAGGAAGAAACAUGGUGAACUUCUUCAUCCUGCCCUUCCUCAGAAGAAACACAACAGAUGCGGGCUGUGUGUCGAAUGCUAACAACAGCGCUGAGUGGCUACAGAAGAACUUUGGCCCGUUCUCUCGGUUUGUGUCUCUCACAGAUCUGCUCUCCAUCAACAGACUCUUUGAUCCCUUGGAGACCCUGGACAAUCUCACUCCAGAGCAGAUGGUUGAACUGAUGGUUGAGGAUCUCCCUGGUCUUCCACCCAAGGAUGUCAUCUUCAAUCGAGUGUUUGAUCAUCUGCUCGUGCCUCCUGUGAAACAAAGAUUUCCUGAUGUUCUUGAGCUCCUGUAUAUCUUCUCCACAACGAGUCCACUCAGCUGUCAAACCAACCAGAUAAUCUUCACGAGGCUGGAGCAAAUCUUGAGCUCAGGAGCGGGUGAUCUGGAGCCCAUCAUCUGGGCGAGUGUUUAUAAGUUCAGCCGCACGGCUCCUACAGAUUGCGCUCUUCUCCCAGUUGUGAAUGAGUGUCCCAUGACUCCAUUCAACGAGACUCAGGUGUGCAGUGAGGUGGACAGUUCUGCAUUACAGCAGUGCCCAACCGAUGGACUGUUGUGUGGCUUUAGUAUCACAGAGCAUGCAUGUGCCCCGGUGCUGAAUGUGAGUCUGGAGUAUCUGGUCUCACUGCUGGACAUGCAUCUGUCUGUGGAUGACAUGAGCUCAGCUGAGAGCUGGAAACUCUUCCUGACCAGAGUCUCACACCUGCUGGACGUCGCCCUCGAGCAGCUCUCCAACCAGUCGGUGUGGGGGAGCAGCAGCUCUGCUUCAGUGGUGCUGGACGUCCUGCGGGAGCUGCGGCUGGACAGACUGAUGGACGAGAGCGCCGCUGCGCUGUGGCUUGAUGAACACCUGCGAGCGUUCCUGCCGAGCGCCUCCGGGACCUUCCUGCAGUGCCUGCGCAGCCAGAACUUCAGCUGCCAGAGCUUCCAGACAGUGGUUGGAGCGUUCGAUGCAGGAUUUCUCCGCAUGAAUGACGUUCAGCGCCGAAUAACCGUGUCACACUUCAUCAUCCCGUUCCUCUCGAGAGCAGGUGCGGCGUGUGUGUCCAACGACAGCUCUCAGUGGCUCAUCAGUAACUUCAGACAGUUCUCUGCUCUCGUUCCUCUGAAUCAGCUGAUCUCGCUCAACCCACAGUUCAACCCGAUGAGCGGCCUGCUCUAUCUCUCUCCAGAGCAGCUGGUCGGGCUGAUGUUUGAUGAUGUUCCUGGGCUUCCAGAGAAAAGUGUGGUCAUCAAUGCCGUGUUCGAUCACCUGACCGCGUCUCCACAGAAAGAGAGGAUCCUCUCCACGCUUCCCAUCAUGGUGGAGUCAUCAAAGACGAGGAACGUCUCCUGCGCGUCAUAUCAGAUCAUCUUCCACCGUCUGGAUCAUCUGAUGGUCAGCGUGCCGGUGGAUCUGGAGUCAGUGAUUCUGAGGAGUAAAUCAGCUCUUCUUCAGAACGUGCCGCAGGGUUGUGUGAGCUCCAGCAGACAGUGUGGCGUCACACCAGUGAACGAAACGACAGUGUGCGGGAGCGUCAACAGCUCUGUUCUGUCGGCGUAUCUCGGCUCGUCUCAUGAUGGCGAUCGGCUCUGUGAAUUCAGCAUCACACAGUACGCAUGUGCAGAGUUGACAGAUCUGAGCUCACAGGACCUGGCCACGGUGUUGUCAUGCGGUCUCAAUGGGAAUGAGAGCGUGUCCGAUGAGACGUGGAAACUCUUCACGCAGAAGGUCAACCCUGUGCUGGGUCCAGCGCUCGACCUGCUCGCCCACACGAAGCUGAACAAGUCCCGCCCCUCAGAGUCAUUCUUGAAUGUGAUUGGAGAAGUCACUCUGAGCUCCUUCAGCUCCACCAAUCUGAGAGAUGAUUCAUUCGUCCAGCGGUGGUUUGGCUCCAGGCUCCGACCAUUUUUACCCUACGCCUCCGAGACAUUCCUGUCCUGUCUGUCCACCAGAGACUUCAGCUGUGACACCUACAGGAGCGUUGUCGGGAGCUUCAGUCAGAGUUUUGAUGUCAUGUCCACCGAUACACAAGCUAACGUCUAUGUUGACUUCAUCAAAGUCUUCCUCUCUCAGAACAGCACUGCAGGGUGUGUGAACGUCUCUCAGAGCAGCUCUGAUUGGCUGACCAGCAGGUUUGGACGUUUCUCUGUUUUCACCACAAUCACCGACCUGCAGAUGCUCAACCCCAGCUUCAAUGUGUUGGACACUCUGAGUCUGUUGAGCCUGAGGCAAUUAGUGGAGGUUUCCAGCACUCCUGGAUUCCUGUCCAGCGCUGCUGCGGUUAACAAUCUGCUGCUCUACGUGCCGGACGCUCAAUUCACAUCGUUCUUCACAUUCCUCUCCGCUACGCUACAGACGCAGGGCAUUGUUCUCCCUCCUCCUGUGCAGGAGGCGUUUCUGCAGCAGGUGUUUGACAGAGCCAAUCUGACCACGAUAUCAGACACUAAUCUGCAGAUCUGGAUUCUGAACAUACUGCCUUCCUUCAUAUCCAACAUUACAGUCCAACACGUGACAUCCUACUUCAGUGUCGUCCUGAAGCGACCCUGUCCCAUCAGCCAGCAAGCGAUGCAGCUGUUGAACUCGUCCAGCUCCACCUUCCAGCCGGCGACACAAGAUCAGAUCUACCAGCUAAUCCUCGGCUCUCUCACAGGCCCCACCCCACUGCACUGCUUUGGUAACCAGAGCUACUACGCUUUCCUGACCUCCUCCUUCAUGAGUUUCCAGUUUCCCAAUCUGACCACCUUCCUGUUGCUGAUGCCGCCGGCUCGUGUGCCAGAGCUGAUGGAGUCGGUGUCUCCAGCGGAGGUCAGCAGUCUCCUGAAUCGGCCCAAUGCUGUGGACGAUGUUGCCCAAAUCUGCCGGCUUUUCAGAAUUUACCCAAAGACGCCCCAGUACUUACAGACGGAGCCACUGUUGCCCAUGGGUUUGGCCCGGCAGGUGUUGUCCUGCGUCUGGCCUCAGGUUCUGAAGGUGGACGUCCAGUCUGAAGUGAAUCAGUGGUUUGAUCAUCGUCUGGUUCAGUACCUGCCUCUCCUCACCUCACAGUUCAUCGCUCCAGACGUCAUGCUAAAUGCCUCCUGUCUCUCCUUCAAGAAGUUUGUUUCAGUGAUGGCUAAAUACAACUACAGUGCAGCUGAGUUUUCUCCGAGCAACAUCUACGGUUCCAUCCUGGUCUACCUCAACACCUCUUCAGGUUCAACUCCUAAAUGCUAUAACACCUCCAACCCAGAUCUCAACUCCACCGCCUGGUUCGCAGACUACAUCUCUGUCUUCUUGAGCUUCAUCACACUGGACAACCUCCUCCAGUUUGGCUCCAUUCAGCCGUUCCUCGUGAACCUGGAGAACCUGCAGCUCUUCGGUCAGACCAGCGUUCCUGAUGACGUGAUGGAGCACUAUGUGACUCUGCUGUUCGAGACGAAUCCGUCCUUCAGCGCCUACUAUCUUCCUCUGAAGUUCCGCUGCUUGGCUCCAGCGAGCUCCUUCCUUCAGCUGAGUCCGGAGCAGCUGAAGAUCAUCUCAUCCAGCAUCCAUCAGAACUGCACAGAUGUUCUCCCCGAUGUGUCGGCGGCUCUGGCGAGUAACGUGGAGGUUCUGACGGUGGACACCAUCGAGGCUCUGGGUCAGUCGUCCACGGGUUUGAGCACGGCUCAGAUCAGCGGCGCCGGAGGGAAUGUGCUGCUCAACGUGCUCUCCGUGCUCAGACUCGUUCAGGGCUGGAACCUCGAUCAGGCCAUGAUGAUCAUCCAAACCCUGCUGUCGUCUGGAGUUUACCAGAUUAAUCAUGCAGUCAGUCUGCAGAACUUGGGUUCACUGAUUAUCGGUGUUCAAUCAUCAAUCUUCAGAGUAAUCUCAGGAGAAAUCUUCCUUGAGGCAAUGAAAUCUGAAUUGUUCGUGACCAACGUCAUCGGCGCCCCUGUGAUCGUCCAGCAGACCAUCGUCAGCCAGAUCAUCGCUGUCAACAGCUCAUUUGACGCCAUCAUCACAAACGUUCCUGACCUCAUGGCGACGGAAAUCCCGCGCAUCUUCCUGCUGGAUGUGCCGCAGUCAUCCGCGGCUGCACAGGCGGUCAACCGGAAGAAAUGGAAACACGAGCAGGCCGUUUUGAUCUUUGAAACCGUCGCUGCACAGUUCAGCAACCCAGAUGACAUGUCCUUCCAGGUGCUGCAGGGCUUCACCUGUUCACGAAUCCAAAGCUUCAGCACUAGUAAAGUCCUGAGUCUGAUCCGCGGCUGCAGACGGCGAGCCAAUCAGAUGCUCGUCCUGCAGGAGUCACAGACGACAGAAGGUGUGGAGCAGAUUGAGUGA